CUUGACACUAUAGCUGCAUCACAACCAACCACUGUUUCUCCCCGUGUUAUUUUAUUUUAGGUCGUGUGAUUACUGCUUGAGUAGGAGCAAUGGCUGUAACAGUCUACACUCCAUGAUCAAAGCCGCUAGCGACAUGUUGUGCAUAAAUGUUUGAUGAUUCAAGAACAUUGCUUACCAUCAGGCAUCAACCCUUACGCAUUUCAUCAGUUGAAUGAUUUCUUACGAAUAAACGUCGACAAGAAGCAUAGACUGUUCAAGCCCGUACAAGAAAACAUGUGCAUUGUUUUUUCGUUCUUCAUCUAAGUUGAUACAUCGAGGCAGACACAAUGGCUACUUCUUUGAAGCAGGCUGUCGAUAAGAACCUAGAGUGUCCUGUCUGCCUGAGCUUCUUCAAGGACCCCAAGAACCUGACCUGCUCCCAUACCUUCUGCAAGGGUUGUCUUGAGACUGUCCUAGUGUCUCAUCGGAAGCUGUUAUGUCCUACUUGCAGGGAGGAGACUUCGCUUCCUGGUGGAGACGUGGGUAGACUGAAAUCAAACAUAAUAGUCAGAUCACUUGUUGAAGAUGUGGAGACCCAGGGCCAUUCCAACUGUAAUCAAGAAGACAAAUCAUUGCCAAAAAAAUGGAACAAAUGUCAAAAGCAUCCAACCGACGAUGAAGAAUGCUUUUGUCUUAACUGUAAGAAGUACGUCUGCUUCAAGUGUGGCAUAUUAGAGCAUGCAAAGGAUGCUCACACUAUCCUGGAAGCAGGCGUACAUGAAACUGCGCAAAAUAAUACCAUUGAGGAACUUGCAUUUAAAGCAGAUGCAAAGAUACGCAACGUUGACAAGUAUGUUACAUUCGUCGUAGACCAGCGUAAAAGGGUGCAUAACGUACAGAAACAACUUAAUGGUGAAAUAGAUGAGACUUUUGAGGAAUCAGUUCAGAAGUUGAAGAGAAGAAAGACGGUGUUGAAAAAUGAAGUUGGGCACGAACUAGGUAAACUUGAGACUUCAUUGGGAAACAUGGAGAAGUCGGGUCUUAAGCAGAUAGAUCAGAUUAAGAAGGUUCGGGACGUGGUUAAGAAUGGUCUUGAUAUUCCUCUCCAGACAGAGGAUCUGACCUCGCAUAAAGCGACGUGUCAACAGCUGAAAGAGCUUCUAAGCCAGAUUGGGCCAGAUGAGGAGCUGCCCAGAAGAACUGCAGAGGAAGGUGAACGAAUUGGCUUCAGGAGUCACGGAUCGGAUGGACUAAUGCAGUUGGGUCAGCUAAGACAAAAGAAGUCCAAAUGGGUUCUGCGCACGGGAGACCCCCUCCCUGGUGGAAAUAUCACCAUGACCGGAAUGGCAAUAUCACCAAACAAUGGGAUGGCUGUUGGUUGUAGCAGGGGAGGAAUAGUCAUAUAUUCUUCUGAGGGCAUCGUACAAGAUACCGUUCUGAAAUCUGUUAAGAUUGUGGCAUUACACUUCAUGCCUGAUGGUGGAUACGUCAUACGCGACAGGAAUAAUAAAAUUGUCUUGUACACUAAGCUUUGUGAAAAGCUUGAUGUAACGUUUGAGACAUUGGAUGUUGCGAAAGGUGGGCUUGGUGGUCUCACUGUAGGGAAGGAUGGGCUAAUCUUCGUAGGUCACAGAACAGUUGACAAAAUACAGGUAUUUAAGCCAGAAGGUGGGAAGGCAAUUAGAGAGAUAACGUGUAACGGAUUUCUUCCAUGGCAGAUGUUUGCAUUGACAUCCAGUCAAGCGAUUGUCGUUAAGAGUAGUUGGGAUAAGGUACAAGUGAUCAACGAUGUGUCUGGUGCUAUCAUUCAUAGCAUUAGCAAAGUUAACGUCAACGCUAACCCUGCUGUGUAUCAGGAUGAUUCAGUUAUCAUUGCAUGGGUUAAGCACUAUCAGGGUCUGGGUCUGCUGAGCAUCGAUCAGUACACAAAAGAGCUCAAAUACAUCAAAAACAUUCUCACUGAUUUCAAGAUAAUCAAACCUAUUCGAGCUUGGUACUAUUUGCAAGCAUUUAAGACGGGGGAGAUUGCUUUCUGCACUUCUGAUAGGCUUUACAUCUUCCAUCAGACAUGGGAGUAAAUUUCAGUUUUGCAGAUGAAAAUGAUGUGGACUGUGGAGUUUAACAAACUUACAAAACCCAAACAUUUAAGAUUGUUACUAGGUCAAGUGGGAAAAAAUGCACCGUAUAAUUACUAUCUUCUCUUGCGUGCCAUGGUCCCCGUUGUCACAGCUCAAAGUCGUCACCAACAUACACAAGUUCACCAUUCACUCUGACUGCGCUACUUGAUUGUUGGUAGAGUGCUUGAAGUAUAAUUUAGGUGUAUAUAUUUUGACGAAUAUCCAAAGAAGUUCAUUGCUUUCCACAGACCUCGCUGCCAGACUGAGUCGAAUGCCUUUUCGUUAUCGAUGGAGCAGCAUAGGAGACUCUGAUUUCUUUCACGGCGUUUUUCCAUCAUUUGUCUCAGGGUGAACAAUUGGUCCACGGUGGAGCGUCCUGGACAGAAUCCAGUUUGUACUUCGGACAGCACUUCUUCUGUUUUCUUCACGAUUCUCUGCUGGAGGAUGAUACUGAACUUUUUCCCUGCAUGGCUAAGGAGGCUAAUACCCCGGUAGUUUCCACAAUUUAGUUUGUCUUUUUCUUGUAGAUUGGAGUUAUUAUGGCCUUUCCCCAGUCAGCCGGAAAAGUUUCUUCCCGCCAUAUUUUAUUGUACAAUUUGUGGAGUAUGGUGAUACCUGUUGACCCAGCAGCUUUGAGUUCCUUUCCUGUGAUGCUGUCAAAUCCAGAUGCUUUCUCUUCUGCGAGUUUCCGAACAGCGUAUUCUACUUCAUCUUGCAGAAUGUCUUGAACUGGGUCGAGGCUGGCCAUCUGAGGUAUGUUAGUAGCUUCUCCAUUUGUUUGU